AUGGUGGCACAUCAUGAUAAUAUAAUACGAUUCUUUGGAAUCACACAAGAUCCGAACACCGAAAAAUAUUAUUUGGUUCUUCAAUUCGCUAACAAUAGCGACCUUCGUGAUUAUUUGAGAAAUAAAUUUUCAGAAUUAGAUUGGGAAACUGAGAUUAGUGGGAUUAAUUGUUUACACAACGCAAAUAUUGUUCAUCGUGAUCUUCAUGAUAAGAAUAUAUUAGUGCAAGUUCGUAAAUUAAUGAUUACGGAUUUUGGCAUAUCCAAAUCAGUAGAAAUAACUCCAAAUCUAUUUCUGCUUCUGAUAGUUAUAGUCUCAAGUGGUUUACCUCCCUUUAGAGAUAAGUCUAAUUUAGAGAACAAUGUUUUAAUCAAUUAUUACAACGAUUUAAUCAAUUACAAACCGUUAGUCCGAAAUCACAAUAGUUAUCGUGGUGUAAUUUAUAGCAUAAUGAGCAGAUAUGAAGAAUCACUAGUAGAUUUAGAUAAGUCUUUAGAAAUUGAUCCGAUUAAUACAUCGGCGUUAGCAAUUCGCGGAAUAACUUAUCAUAUAACGAGCAAGCACGAAGAAUCUUUAGCAGAUUUAAAUAAAUCAUUAGAAAUUGAUCCAAAUUAUGUAUCUGCAUUAGAGCAACGUGCGUGGCGCAUGAUGAACAGCUACGAAGAAUCACUAGCGGAUUUAAAUAAAUCAUUAGAAAUUAGACCAGAUAAUGCACGCGCGUUGGAUAAAUACGAAGAAUUACUAACAGAUUUAAAUAAAUCAUUAAAAUUGAUUCAAAUCAUGAAAACUCACUAA